UUUCUUCAGAAAAUGAUUCUCUACAACUUCACUGUAGAGAUUUUUAUAAACAAGCAAGCCGUUUGGCAAAUACAGCUAUUUGUUUGAAAAAAUUCAAAUUUUUUUGUUAAAGAAAUAGCUGUAUUUCUAAACGGCUUGCUUGUUUAAAAAUCCCCACGGUGAAGUUGUACAGAAUAAUUUUCUGAAGAAAAUAAGCCAUUUCAUUGAAAUCGAAUCAUUUUUAAAAAAUUCUGUAGAAGCGAUAUAACAAAAAAAUGUUAUACAAUGAAAAUUGUAUAAACAAAUAAAUUUUGCAGGUUUUAAAUUUUUUUCUUGAAAAUUAAUUAUUUUUUUCAAGAGGUCUGCAUUUCCGUGGAUAAACGUCCUUAAGUUGCAUUACACUACAUAUACACGGAAAAAAUAAGUCAGCAAAACUUUCAUAAACUAGUAUUUCACUUUUGGACGGGAACGAAAGUUGUUCAAAAAGUAUAGACACAGUUUAUUAAGAAAACAAAACUAAUUAUAAAAAUGUGAACUGUGUAUACGAGCCGAUGCUCAAUGUGCUCUGAUGUUUCAGAAUCAGUUUAUCAAACUUUCAUAAACUCUCAGCUAGAACUUAAGUACGAGUACCAAAGAUUUCGUAACACUUAUAUGCAUAAAAAUUCGACGACAGUCAACCAAAAUAAUACUUGUAAACUCACAAAAAAUUUAGAAAAAUUAAAAAAAAUUUCACAUUCAGGGGUAUUUUUUUACUUAAUUUGUACAUCACUUGAAACACAAUUAUUAAUAUCUUAUAUACGCACUAUACACAAUUUUAUCGACAUUAAAAUUCGGAAUUCGCUUCCGCGGGAUUCGAACCUACCUACCUACCUACCUAAGAUAUAUAACGCAUGUUCGGAAUUUUAGAAAAAGUCUACGAUUCUUUCGUUGACUGCUGUCUUAACUACUCUCUUCUGUGUUUCAAACUUUCGAACCUCAAUUAUUACAAUUUUGUAAAACUUUUUAUAGAAAUUUGACAAUCUUUAAACAAUAUUAUUAAAAACUGUUCAAUAUAGAUUAACAAACUGCUCUUUCUAUACACGUUUGUCAAUAAUUUCUUGCCUCUGUUUCACUUUUUUGGUAAAGUUUAUGCUUCAUUACUAAAAAGUGUAUGAAACGUUUAAAAAUUUGUGCCCGUCCAAAAGUGAUAGAAAAAGUUAGGAAAUUUUAUAGAACAAGAAUGAAAAAAGAUGAAAAUUGAGAUGACUGGGGAGAGUCAUUGAAGGUACCUUCGAAAAAAGUUUGAAGAAAUUCCUGCAGUUUUUUUAUACAGAAAUCAUUUUUCUUAAUUCAUUUGCAAGCAUGAUUUUCUGCAAGUUGUAUCGUACAAUCAAAAUAUGUUUAGAAAAUUUUAUUUAUGAAUUUUUUACAAAUAUAAACAUCUUUGUAAGUCUGGAUAAUAUCUAAGAUAUUAUCCUACUCCACAACUAGACACUAGGUUUCAUCAGAGCUAUAUUUUACAAUGAAACCUAAAGUUUAGGAAAUUCUCGCUGGAAUGCUUUCCUUAACUGAAUUCAUGACUUCUGGUGGUGAAGGUGCAAUACAUAUGACAAAAGAUCUUUCAUUUUUUCAAUGAAGUCUGCUCUUGUAUUACUUGGGCUUCUACAAUUGACCGUAAUUGCCUUAGCUGGCUGGAAAUUGGAGUGGAACGAUGAAUUCAAUGGGAACUAUUUGGAUUCUUCUAAAUGGGACAUCGAAGUAAAUUGUUGGGGUGGUGGAAAUCUUGAGAAGCAGUGUUACACAUCACGCCGGGAAAAUGUUUUCGUUUCUGGUGGAUCCUUACAUUUAAGACCAGUACGUGGAACUUAUCAAGGAUCAAACCAAGGUUGUACUUUAAACAAUGAAAACUCUUGCACAUGGACUCAACCAGCUACUUCUGGCCGCGUCAGAACAUUGAAAGCUUUCAAUGGAUCCUGGAAAUAUGGCAGAUUUGAAGCGAGAGCCAAAUUACCUAAAGGAAAUUUCUUGUGGCCUGCUUUUUGGAUGUUACCGACGGACAACAUUUAUGGGGGUUGGGCUGCAUCUGGAGAAUUUGAUAUCAUGGAGUCCCGUGGACAAAAUCCCACCAAAGUUUCUUCUGCUCUUCAUUUUGGUGGUCAAUGGCCCAACAACAAAUUCACUAGUUCCGGUGACAAGGAUUUCGGCUUUGAUUUUACUGCCGAUUUCCAUAUCUUCGCUAUGGAAUGGAAUUCUAAAGAUAUUAAAUUUUAUGUUGAUAAUAAGCUGACCUGGACUCAAAGUUUGGAAAAAUCGUAUGGAAGCAUUUAUCCCAGAAAUGGAGCCCCCUUUGAUCAGAAAUUCCACAUUUUAUUAAAUGUUGCUAUUGCUGGAGGAUUCUUCGACCCUGCCAAAUACGGACAAUUCGACAUCAAUACUGCCGGUCCCACAUGGACUCAAGCCUACCAAAUCGACUAUGUCCGUGUAUACAAAUGGGUUUGAAAAUUGUAUUUCAAUAGAAAAAUCAAAUUUUACAAAAUAAAUUAAAUGUUAUAAAAUUAAUUAAAACAAAAUUAUUUAAAUAUUUCGACGCUUCCAGUCGGGAAACUGAUAUUUUAGUUUUCAAUUCAAUGUAAAUCUAUCUCAAGAACAAGGUUUAAAAUUAAGGCAAUAGGCUAUAUUUUCUAUUUGCUACUUUGAACAUUAUUGAAUUUCUCAAAAAACUGUUAAUUGAAAGUUACCAAGAAUCAUAUUGAAUUAUAUAAUAUAUAUUAAUUUAAAUAAAAUAACAAUUAAUAAUCAAUCAUUAAAAAAUACUUUCAGGAAGAUUUAUUUUAGUUGUCAUUUUCUUGCAUUGGAUUUUGAGGUAGCAUUAUUUUUAAUUGACUGAAGAAUGAUUAAGAAUUGUCUUGCGUAAAUUUUCAGGUUAACUGCAUCUUGUAAUUAUUUUUGAAAUAGAUUUAUAUUGAAUUGACAUCUGAAAAAGCAUUUUCCCGAUGAGAAGCGUCGAUUUAUUUUGGGGUUAUUUAGUAAAUUUGAAGUAAAAAAUAAAGAUUUAAUAAAUGAAAUUAGUUUAAUAGAAAUUUAUACGACGUCUUUUAUAAUUUAGAAUUAAUUUCUCUUUAAAUAAAUUUAUUAAUUCAUUAUAAAUUUUUUUUAAAUUAUUUAAAAUUAAUUUUUUAUUGUAUAAACAAUAUAAUUACUUAACCCCUUCGCAGUGUAGCAAAAAUAAAGCUUCAGUGCCCCGUAUGUGUGGGAAAAAAAAUUUUUUUUUUUAAAAUUGAUAUUAAAAAAAAACCCGAAAAUCUAAGAAUACCCAUUGACAAGUUUAUUGUAUUGUUAAAAUAAUGAAGUAAACGAUUAUUAAAAUAAUGAAGUAAACUAUCGAUAAUUUAUCAUA